AUGAUGGUUGACACCGAAAGGCCUGAAGUGAUUCAACGACUACCGCAUCCAUGGCCAUACACAUUCCCCACAGAUGACGCAGCUCACUCACAACUGUCAGAUGAUUCCGAACCCGGUUGCCCUGAUGAUUUGGAAGCUUUUGCCAAGCAGUUUAAGCAACGAAGAAUAAAAUUAGGGUACACUCAAGCGGAUGUCGGUUUGGCAUUGGGCACGCUCUAUGGGAAUGUGUUUUCUCAGACGACGAUUUGUCGAUUCGAAGCGCUCCAGUUGUCGUUCAAGAAUAUGUGCAAGCUGAAGCCACUUCUGUUCAAAUGGCUUGAAGAAGCCGAUUCCACAUCUGCUAGUCCGAAUUCGGCUUUUGAGAAGAUGACAGGGCAAGGCGGAAGAAAAAGAAAGAAGAGAACAAGCAUAGAGGUAAAUGUCAAGUCUCGUCUGGAAUAUCACUUUCAAAAGAAUCAUAAACCUAAUGCACAGGAGAUUUUGCAAGUGGCAAAUGAACUUGGAUUAGAUAAGGAGUGUGACAAUCAGAGGCGGUACUUAUCAUUGCCCCAAUCUGGAAAGGGCACUUUACUGUUAGCGAAUCAAUCGAUCGGGCAUACAAAAUUUGUAGCAGCUCCUGAUCAGGAAUGUGUAUUUCAUCUUCGUCAGAGCAUUUCAAAA